UUCGAGAAGAAAGGGCUUCACUGGCGAGCGAAUUUCAAAAGGCAAAGAAAAGUAUACGCAGAAAAAUAUCUCGUCAUUCUGCAAUUUUUUUUUUUCAUUCUCCUCUCUCAGAGCCUACUUUUCCGAAUUCUCUCGCUGAUUUCUUACUAUUUUCUCGGCGAAAAUGGCAAACGCAGCUUCUGGUGUGGCCGUGCACGAUGAUUGCAAGCUGAGAUUUCUAGAUCUCAAGGCGAAAAGGACUUACCGAUACGUAGUCUACAAAAUCGAGAUGGACCAGAAACAAGUUGUUGUCGAAAAACUCGGUGAACCAACCGAAAGCUACGAGGCUUUUGCUGCCAGCCUCCCUGCAGAUGAAUGCCGAUAUGCCGUCUACGAUUUCGACUAUGUCACGGAUGAGAAUUGCCAGAAAAGCCGCAUUGUUUUCGUCGCCUGGUCACCCGACGAGUCAAAGGUGAGGAACAAGAUGAUAUAUGCAAGCUCUAAGGAUAGGUUCAAGAGAGAGCUUGAGGGGAUCCAGAUCGAACUCCAAGCCACCGAUCCAACCGAAAUGGGUCUCGAUGUGAUAAGGAGCCGUUCGACGUGAUAAGGAGCCGUUUGAGGAGAUCAUUGGUUUGGAGUGUUUGUUUUAUUUGUUUGUGUCCGUGAGUUGAUGCCAUGAUUGUUAUGUCUUGUGGAAUCGUGGUCGGAGGUUGUGUUUGUUUGAAGACAAAAAGACGUAUUCUUUGAGAGGUUUGAUCAACUCUUUCCGGUUUUUGCCCUAAACCAUAAAUGUCUGGACAUGAAAUUUUAUGUAAGAUCCGAUCGUUCGUUUCUUCGGAUUCAUGAUCUAA